CGUCUUCUCUCUUAUAACCCAUACGCCAUCAGCAACACUCUGUACUCCCUAUCACUCUGUGCUCCUAAUCACUCUGCUCCCCAUCACUCAGUACUCCCUAUUGCCUUCGAACACGCCAAAGAGACUCCGCUCCAUUACUAGUCCUUAACUCACCAUGUCUGGCUCUACAAAAUGGUCCCCCAAAGACGACGAGGUUGAUGAGGAAGAAGAGGAGGAGGACGUCUCGCGUUACAAAGACCAAAAAGAUGCCAUUCUCUUCGCGAUCCACGUCUCCCCAAGCAUGCUAGCAGAGCACACCCCAUCUCCUGAUGACAACCCCCAAAAAGCGACGCCGCCCCGCACCUCCGCCGUACGCACCGCGUUGGAAUGCGCCUACUCCAUCCUGCAAUCGCGGAUCAUCUCGAAUCCAAACGACAUGAUGGGGAUCUUGCUUUUCGGGACAAAAGAAACAAGCUUCACAGGCGGCGGCGCAGGGUUCGAACAUAUGUACCUUCUGAUGGAUCUCGACGUUCCAGAUGUGGCGAGUAUCAAACGGCUGAAGACGUUGCUUGAGGACGACGACGCGUUCGAUGAACUUCUUGUUCCUUGCGGAGAGACAGUGUCGAUGGCGAACGUCCUCUUCGGUGCAAACCAGACGUUCACGACCAAAGCUGCCAACUUCCAGAGCCGGAAGCUGUUCUUGAUCACUGACGAUGACGAUCCCCACGCAAAUGACAAGGCGCUGAAGAACAGCGCCAUCACCCGCGCUAGGGAUCUGUACGACCUCGGUGUACAGAUUGACCCGUUCUACAUCUCCAAUCCCGGCCGCAAGUCGGCGUUCGAUCCCGGGAAAUUCUACGACGAUAUCAUCUACCGCCCUGCGUAUUCCGAUGAAGAGGAGGAUAGGGUGCUGCCUGUUACCGCCAGCGGUACGACGAGGCUGAAGGAGAUGAUCAGCACCAUCCGCUCCAAAGCCACAGCAAAGCGAUCACAGUUUUCCACCACGCUCGAGAUCGGCCCGGGACUCAGCAUCGGCGUCAAGGGGUACAUCCUUUACAAGAAACAAGAAAAGGGGCGAUCGCAUUACAUCUACACAGGCGGCGAGCAAGCCCAGAUCGUGAAAGGCACCACUACUUUCCACGCCGAAUUCACCGCCCAGCUUCUCGUCAAGACCGAAAUCCAGAAGGCAUACAAAUUCGGCGGCGAGCAGAUCGUCUUCUUGGAGGAAGAAAUGAAGGCGAUGCGCAACUUCGGCACCCCGGGGAUCCGCAUAAUCGGCUUCAAAUCAUCCGCCGCGCUGAAAUUCCACUAUAACGUAAAGCCCGCACAAUUCGUCUACCCGGACGAAAAGGACUACGUCGGCUCGACCCGCACCUUCACCGCUCUCCUGAACAAGCUUGCCGCGUCUGACAAAGUAGCGCUGGUGUGGGCCAUCACCCGCCGCAACUCCCCACCAAGCCUCUGCUGUCUCAUCCCCUCGCUGGAAAAAAUCGACCCCGUAAGUGAGCGCCAACUGCAGCCACCAGGCUUCCACAUGGUCCAUCUCCCUUUCGCAGACGAUAUCCGUGCGAACCCCGAAAUUCCCUCCAACAGAGCCUCCGCCGCACUGAUCGACCGCAUGCGCGCCAUCGUUAAGCAGCUGCACAUGCCAAAGGGAUACGAGCCAGAGAAAUACGAAAACCCAAGUCUGCAAUGGCACUACCGUAUCCUACAGGCCAUCGCGCUGGAGGAGGAUAUGCCAGAGCAUCUGCUCGACAGGACGGUGCCGAAGUAUAAGGCUAUCGAUAGGCAUGUUGGAAAUUUGGUUCUGGAGUGGAGACAGGAGUUGAUGAAUUCCGCUGGUGGAUUGCCGCCGCCGAUGGCCGAGAAGAAGGGGACGAAGAGGGUCAAAGAGGAGGCUGGAGAGGCAGCACCUCCGAAGCCGAAGAGGGUAAAGGCAGAAUCCGGUACGGAUCUGAGAGCGAUGUACGAUAAGGGGCAGCUUGUAAAAUGCACCGUCGUCCAGCUGAGGGAGUUUUUGCAGGGAGUUGGAUUGGACACGAAGGGGAAGAAAGCGGAUUUGCUGGAGAGGUGUGAGGAGUACUUUGAUACCAAAUAGGCAGUCUAGGGGCUCCACUUGGUUUACUU